AUGCCGGUUGACGUCUCCCAGCUCGAGCAGCAGCUUAAGGGAAAAACCAAGGAGCUGUCUGUUUUACAAGCGCGUAUCUCCGAACUUGAGAACGAACUCAAAGCAGUUGAGCAGUUGAAGGCGCGGCUUACGGACCAAACCCAGAAGCUGUCUACCUCAGAAAGGCGCGUCGCUGAACUCGAGAAGAGGCUCCAAGAUGCCCAGACUGCCAGCGUCAAAACGGUUGAAGGAUUGACGAACCAGUUUGGUCAAAAGACCAAGGAAACUUCCGUCUCCAAAGGGUGUUUCUCUGAUGUCGAAAAAAAGCUCAACGGGGCCCUGGCUACUUCCCAAGCCAACAUCAAACUAGCCCAAGAUGCCUGGGCUUCUAGUCAGAAACUGGGGGACAAGGUCAAGGACCUCGUCAGUCAGGUUUCGGGGCUGAAAAGUGCCCUGGUCAUCGUGGACGAAGGCAGCCAAGCUGUAACAGAGGAGGGGCAGAACCCUAACCUCAAUGUAAGAUGCUUGCAAAAUCAAGUUCAGAAGUUGACAGCGUCGUAUAGCGAGCUCCAUGCCAAUGCAGAGCAUUGUAUAGCGUUCCUCAACGACUAUACGGGAUAUAGGCUUACCAUAGAUUCUUAG